UGCAAGGUAAUGCGCAUGCGCAGUGUGUGUAAGUAGCUCGUUCUGAGAGGUAGCACAGGUCGUUGGAACACCUGUUCAUAGAGCCGACUCGUUCGCAAAGGACACAUCUACUAUUCUUUCUCAGUUCAUCAGAUCGUACUCUUGUUUAGUCACUUAAAGAAAAAACGAAAGGAUGUACGUUACCGAGACGCGACAAGGACAGUGUUGAUUUACAGAAAAUCACGUUUUCUUGCUCCAGGGACUACAGUAGUUUGUGAAGAAUGCUGGGGACUUUGAGAAAUGUGGGAUUUCUCACCAAAGCGUGCUUUGCGUUAACGGUCUUUGGCGGGCUGCACAUCAUCCUCAUGACGUAUUAUUAUGAUUCAGAUACGGGGGCCAAUAAAUACACGAAAUACCGGCAAAUCUCAGACUUUGUUGCGGACCUGAACAUGUCAGUAGCUCACAGAAAAAAAAUACUUAAGCUGAUAAAAUACUACAGCAAUGGAACACUAGACAUAAACCUGAAUGAUGUAGCCUACACGAAUAAACAUCUAGAGCCAUGUCCUGAGACUUCUCCACUUUUAAUGGGUCCAAUGCGAGUGGAAUUUUCUGAUCCUUUAAAUUUAAGUGAGGUGCGUGAGGAUAAUCCCGAGGUUAAUACGGGUGGGAGGUAUAAACCCAGCGAAUGUGUGGCCCUUCAAAAAGUGGCAAUAAUCAUCCCAUUCAGAAACCGAGCUGAACACCUCAAGUACUGGCUUUACUACCUUCAUCCUUUCCUACAGAGACAGCAGCUUGAUUAUGGGAUUUAUAUCAUAGAACAGAAUGGGGAUAACACAUUCAACAGGGCAAAACUGCUCAACGUGGGAUACGCAGAAGCAAUAAAGGAAUACGAUUACGACUGUUUCGUCUUUAGUGACGUAGACAUCGUCCCAAUGGAUGACCACAACACCUACAAGUGCUUCAGUCAACCGCGCCACCUUUCUGUGUCCAUGGACAAAUUUGGAUUUAAAUUGCCAUAUAAAAAUUAUUUUGGGGGUGUGUCAGCCUUGAGCAAAGCCCAGUUUCGGAAGAUUAAUGGCUUUCCCAAUAACUACUGGGGAUGGGGAGGAGAGGACGAUGACAUUUAUUAUAGGAUGGCAUAUCGAGGCAUGUCAAUAUCAAGGCCGAGCGGAAACGUCGGUAAAUGCCGAAUGAUCCGUCACAAGAGAGAUGUGAAAAAUGAGGAGAAUCCACACAGGUUUAGAAGUAUCCGCCUUGUACGGAGGAUGAUGAACAAAGAUGGCAUCAAUUCACUCAAGUACAAUGUCAUAAAGGUAGAAAAAGACCAGCUCUACACCAAAAUCAUAGUGGACAUUGGCAAGCCAGGCAAAUUGUUCUAAGAGGAGACAUUUAACUUGCUUUAACUAUGCAAGAAAAACAUUCACAUGUCCGUCACAGACCACACAAGCGAGCAUGCAAGGUUUGCCAAGCUUUUGGAUCAAAAUAAAGCUGUAGAAACUUUCUUCAGGAAUUAAAUGAUAUAACUACUUUAAAUAUGGCAAUAAGUUACAAUCUUAGAACGAAUGUGUUAAAAAUACUACAUGCGUUGUGCCAGAAUCCACCCUUCUUUGUGUUAUUAUUGAAACACAACUUGUGUUAUAUUUUAAAACAAAAUCAACACAAAAUGACACAUAAUGUGUUAAAAGUAUAACGCACAAAAAUGUGUAAAAAAAAAAUGACACAUCCUUUCUAAGAAUGAUGGACCAGGUGGAUGGCUAGAGGCGAUACAGCUACAGCCAAAUCUCGCGAGAUGUUGGGUUUAGGGUUAGGUAAAAACAGUGCUCAUAUGACGAGAUUUGGCCGCAGCUGUAUCCCUUCUAGCCACAACCCACCAAAUGCCUCUAAUAUGAGACACAAAUCCAUUUUCUUUAAGUUAAGACUUAAAGAAUUCGAUCAGGGCAUCUACUGUUCAUGAUCUGUAACUAUGAAGUACAUAAAUUUCAUGCUUGAUCCUGGAAUAAUAAUUAUUCCUGGCCAGUCAGGUUUUUAAGCUAUUACACUGGACUUUUGUAAACACAGGUUUUCUUUUAUGUGAAAAACCCUACACUGUAAAAACUGUGACUUUUUACAUUUUUAAGUUUAACCGAUUUACAAUUCAUCAGUGGCGCCUGGUGACUGCUCAUCCGAGGGGCGCAAAUUCAAAAUAUGUAUUCAGAGUGUUGUGUUUUGCUUGCGUUUUCAAAAUAUGUGUUUGUUGCGUCAUGUGAACCAUGUGCAUCACGUGUUUUGUCAAAAUAAGUGCGUGCUGCACACGCGUCAAAACUGUUUAUGAUCAAAGAGACGCUCACGUUCACAAAAUACAGGCAAGACACUCCCGUAAUACAGUAAACUCUGAUUACGCAUGAGAUUAUGCGAGUAUCUGGCAAACGCGAGCGUCUCUUUUAUCAUAAACCCUUUAGAUGCGUCUGCAGCAGGCACUUAUUUUGACAAAACACGUGAUGCAGAUAGGUUCAUUCGACUCGCAGAACAUAUAUUUUGAAAUUACAAACCACACACAUGACGGGCUACAUAAAUGUUGUGAUGGACUUCGCAUCGAGCGCCCUCGAAAAAAGAAGUCACCGGCCGCCACUGCAAGUAAUGAAUGCUGUAACUUAUUAAAUCAAGUUGAAUUUGCCUUAGUUAAGCCAACUUUAUUUUAUAAGUUGAACUUAUCACUGGUCAGUACAGUUGAAAUUACUUUUAAGUUGAUUUAACUUAAAAAUGUUAGUGCAAUACUUGAUUUAUUUGUACGAUUUUUACGAUUUAAUCUGAUGGUAGUAUGUAGAAUAUGCAUCAUUGGUUUGGUUUUGUAGUAUCUUUACAUACAGUAAGAAAGUAUUGAGCAAAAACAAGAAGUUUGUAAUACAUUGGUAUCUUUAAUUGUUUACAUUUUAAUUUAAUUAAAUCGAAAUGUAAUUAAAAUUAAUGUAAUUAUUAUGUAACAUAUUUGUCUUUUUAAUAGAAAAUAAUUUUUGGUUAAGGAAAGAUUUUUUUUAGGUGCUGACUACUUACUUUCAUACACUGGCAGAGUAUUUUCAUUAUGAAAUCUUUUGUAAUAAACAAGAAUGUUUAGAAGUUUCACCUAAUAAAUUCCCACAAUGUGCCAUCAAUGCAUCAAAAUGUUUGUCUUGCAAUGAGCCAGAAUUAAAUCCAACC